ACGGCACGACGGGAACUGUAGGCUUCGAGUUGUGAGGUGGGGGGAAGAGAAAGAAGCUCAAAUGGCGGCGGCCUUCCCCAGAGCCCCGAAGAAGCCCGAUGAAGCCGGCAGGGCGACGGAAGCGGCCUCGCCGCUGCAGUACAGCCUCCUGCUGGAGUACCUGGUGGGCGAAAAGCGAGGCCCGAGGCCGGAUUUCCCGCCGGGCGUCCUCGGGGGCUUCCCGGCGCCCGUCAAGAGCCCCGAGCAGAAGAUGGUCGAGCGCGCCAUGGAAAGCUGCGCCUUCAAGGCGACGCUGGCCUGUGUCGGCGGUUUCGUCCUGGGAGGUGCCUUUGGCGUGUUCACCGCUGGCAUCGAUACCAACGUGGGCUUUGACCCUAAGGAUCCCUACCGCACGCCGACAGCCAGAGAAGUCUUGAAAGAUAUGGGGCAGCGGGGAAUGUCGUACGCCAAAAACUUUGCCAUCGUGGGUGCAAUGUUCUCUUGCACUGAAUGCCUGGUGGAAUCUUACCGAGGCAAAUCCGAUUGGAAGAACAGCGUCGCCAGCGGAUGCAUCACCGGCGGGGCCAUCGGUUUCAGAGCCGGCCUCAAAGCUGGGGUCCUCGGCUGCGGGGGCUUCGCCGCCUUCUCCGCAGUGAUCGACUACUACUUACGGUAGCAAGCCGAGGCCCCACCAGCAAGGACUUUUCUGACGGCCGCUGUGGAGGACAGCAGGGCCCAGUGGGUGUCUCGAGCCCCCCCACCGGGGCGGGGUUUAUGAACGUUAAACCCACCGAGCGAGAACCCCAAAUCUGCCAAGGUUAGGAGAAGAACCACCACAGAGGAGCCUGUUGCAAGCUCUUGAGUUCUCCUGCUUGGAUCUGGGAAGUGAGCUGCU